AGAUUGCAUCCUCCAUCACAAUGGCAAAAUAAGAGUUAAGUGGAAAACUUCGUGUUGUGGAUCUUUUGGAAAAGCAUACAAUUCAUCAAUAGUAUAUCAAUUAUUAAAUAAUGUUACAAAGAAGUAAAAAGAAAAACGGGUUCUAUUUUUGGGUUAAUGAAGAGGCCGAUGAAAUCCGAUACGUUUCACUGAAAACGACUCCUAAAUUACGCUGGAAGACGCAUUCAUUUUGGAAGUCGCAAAAGGGUAUUAAAUGUUUGGAUUCAUUUCCAGGAAGCAGUGAGAUACUCUGCGCUGGUUCGUCAACUGGUAAUUUAUCAUUAUUGUCUGAAAAGCAUCCAGAGUUCUCUGCAGUAGUUACCCCAAAGCAUGCGAGAGCUUGUAAAAGCAUAUCGUUUUCUGGUGUUGGGAGUCUUGCAGCCGCCUAUGCAAAAUCCAAGAAUGAUUUAUCAUUAAAAAUUUGGGAUGUACGAACUUUACUUCAUAAUACUAGCCAGGAACCUAAUCAACAAGGAUUUGCUAUGGAAGGAAUCGCUUCUGUUUGUUACGAUAAAAAUCCUUUUUUGCUAUUCGCUGGGUCAACUACACGCUCAAUUCAUAUUGUGGACACUCGUAAACAAUUAGAGGCUGAAUCCUCAAUAGAAACGCCCUGUUAUCAAAACAUUACCAUAGAUCCAUUAUCUGGAAACUACUUUGCUGCUAAUUCGUAUGAUGGACAUAUCGCUAUUUACGAUCGCCGAUUUCUGGUUCCUGGUGCUAAUGCUCAAAUAAUGGAGCUAAACCCUAAUCCAGGUGAAACAAAGAAGAAUCCUUAUUUCCAAGCUAGGUUCUCUUUUGAAAAGCUAGGACAGCUGUCUUGCCUUUCUAAUAAUUCGAUUUCUGUUCGACAGCUAUCUCCGUGCCGUGUUCAAGAUGAUCCACUUACCGAUGAACCUGAAAUAGACAAUUCGUUACUCCUUACCUUUGAGAAAUUUAUUAACAUGAAAGAUAAUACAACAUGUUCCGGGUUUGACUAUUAUUAUCCGUCCUCGUCUAGUUCUCCUCAGUUACUCGCUGUUGUCGAUUCUUCACCGAAACUUUUCUCUAUUCAAAAUGAAUUCCUCCCUAUGUCUUUUAGUGCGAAAAACCGAUUAAUUUCCUCAUAUAAAGAAACUCUCUAUCCUUUAGAUACUCCCUAUUCAGUUGUUCAAUCAGCUGAAGUUGAGGAUGAUCAUAAAGACGAUAUUGCGUUUUCUGAGACUACUUCUUAUUCUUCUACAAGCAUAGAAAACAGUCUGGAAAAAAUAUCAAUUAUUUCGGAAGAAUCUGCUCAAAACGAUGAUCUACUGCCCUCUUAUCGAGUCAUAAGAACUGACAUCUUAAACCUUAUGCUGGAGAGAGCUCAGCAGGGUUAUCGCUUUGACUGCUCGAAAAACUACGACAUAAUUUCGGACUUUUAUUUAAAAGACGUUUGGAAGUGGGUUGAACUAUCCCACUCUUUAUACAGUGAUGGGCGUUACAAUUGUUCGAUUGAUAUUGAUCUGACAUAUCAAGGAGCUCUUGGAAUUUGGUUUAUGGACACAGAAUUGACGAAUAUUGCUGACGUUUUUGACGCUAAACACAGCCGACUUUUCGAGAAAAAGUUCUUAAAAGCUGCAGAAACUAUUAUUUCAAACUUUGAUCUUGACAUAUUGACUCCAAUACCAACAAAACGACCUUUACGACAGCUCGUUCUUUUAGCUUGUGGACUCGGCUAUACGAAAGUUAGGCUAGAUCAAGAUAUAGAAUCAUUCAUUGGGGCAAACGAACACGUAAAAGCUGCUGGCUUAGCGUUAUUUCAUGGAAAAAUUGAAAACGUUGUUCGUAUUUUAGCUAUGGGAGGUGAAUUAGAAAAAACCAUUUCCACAGCAGUUGCAGGAUACAUUACCUCACAAGGCUUGAAUCAACUGGGAAGUGAUUCUCUUUGGAAAGAAAUGUCUCGUAACUUAAGUACGGAACUGGAAGAUCCAUAUCUUCGUGCUAUCUUUGCAUAUGUUAGCAAUUCUGAUUGGAGAGACGUACUCGAUGAAGUUUCCCUUUCCCUUAGAGACAGACUAGGAAUAGCCCUAAGGUUUUUACCGGAUGAAGAUUUGAGUAAUUAUUUGGAAGAUUUGUGUCGUACCACUGUUCAAUCAGGAGAUCCGGAAGGGAUUAUUUUAACAGGGUUAACACCUUUGGGUAUCGAAUUAUUGCAGAAUUUCGUAAACCACUCGAAUGAUGUACAAACGGCAGCGCUACUCGCCUCCUACGUUGUACCAAAGAAGUUUACGGAUUGGAGAGCAGAUGGAUGGAUUGAAAGUUACAGGGAAUUGUUCAAUCGGUGGAGGUUGUACCGGGAGAGGGUCAAAUUUGACUUAGGAAGGACUGAACUUUCGCGUGAUCAGAAUGGACAGGUGAUGAAGAUAGCACCAAAACCUUCUUUGUAUAUCAGUUGCAAUUAUUGCAAAAAGUCACUUGUUCACCAAAAGGACAGCACACAAUCCGAGCAAUCUGUUUCUACACUUACAAAGACCAGAAAGCUUACAAAUCCAAAAAAUUCUAGCCACACGUGUCCUCAUUGCCGUCAACCUUUUCCAAAAUGUUCCGUCUGUGGAUUAGCUUUGAGUGAUCAGGAUGUUCCACAAAAUAAACCUACCAGCAUUCCCAACCAGAAUCUGAACGACAGUAAGCGAAAAAAUAAUUUCGGGACUUGGUUCUCAUUUUGUCUUCGAUGCUAUCAUGGAACACACGCUGCUCAUGCCUCAGAAUGGUUUAUGAGACAUAGCGUUUGUCCGGUGCCUGAUUGUAGUUGUAACUGUGCUUUGUCCUAAGCAAUGCAGAAACAAAACGGACGGGAGGGAGCGCUUUUCGAUACAACACUGAAGAGUCUGAAAAUAACGUUUUAUGAUCAUAAUUUGCUUUCUAAUUUAUUGAGUUUGCAUCUACUAAAUAUGAAUUAACUACAAGGAAGGUAGCAAUCAGUACAACCUGCCAAUGGUUCCAAUGAUCUGAGCCGUCGAAUUGUUCGACAGUAGAAACAUAUAGACCUUGGGUGAUGGACACUACUAUUGUUUUAUCGUUACAAUUCUGUUACUGCAUACGGUAUAAACAUUCGAUACAAGAGUGUAUGAAGAUCCUUUUCAUUAGAAAAUAAUACAACUCUUUUAGGGAAAUGAUUCUAUAAUUUCAUAUUCAAAACAUUCUAUUCCUUGAUUCUAUAGAGGUAUCAUAUCACUUUAACAAGAUAGAAUCCUGAAUACUCAGUGACAAAGACAAUUAACUCAAAUCAUUAUGAAAAUAUAAAGUCUCUCUGUAACCAUUCCUAUAAAUUCAAUCAGCG